CCAAUCAACACAAACAUUCCCUCAAAAAUCCCCUUUAUCCCAAUACAAAUCCCACCACAUCCCUUCACUUCAUUCCCACCUCUCAAAAAAUGUGGACCGACGCUCGAAUCCCGACCCAACCCCCGUCCGACGACCGGCCCAUGAAACGCCACCACACGGCCCGCUACUACGCCCACCGCGUCAAAGAAAGCCUCACCACCCGCGUCUCGAAGCUCAUAUGCGCCAUCGUGCUAGGCCUCCUCUUCCUGAUCGGCAUCAUCUCCUUCAUCCUCUGGCUCAGCCUCCGCCCCCACCGCCCCCGCUUCUUCAUCGAGGCCUUCUCCGCCGCGAGCUCCUCCGUCUCCUACAGCGUCACCGCCCGCAACUCGAACCAGAACAUCGGCAUCUACUAUGACUCGGUGGAGGUGGCGGUUUUCUACCAGGACGACCAGCGGCUGGGCGGCGGGACGGUGCUGGGGGCGUUCUACCAAGAGCCCAAGAAUAGUAAGGUGGUCGCCGGCAGUGUAACGGCGACGGGGCAGCAGUGGGACCAGAUUGCGGCGGACCGGGCUAGAGGGGAGGUGGUUUUCCGGGUUGAGGUGACGUCGGUGAUCCGGUUCAAGAUCUCGAGUUGGGAUAGCAAGCGACAUAGGAUGCACGCGAAUUGUCCGGUUCGGGUUAGACCGGACGGUUCGCUCUUGCCGAUCAAUGUGCAUACCAGAUGUCCGGUUUACUUUAACUAGCUAGGACUUGUUUAAUUAAUGUUCAUGUUACCUUUCUCCAUAGGAUUUUGAAUUGUGGUUUGUAUUUGGUUUGCUUUGGUUUGUUUGAAGUUUGUGGGGUCAAUUCUUAUGUAUUAUUAGUAGGCACAUGUUCAAGUAAAUCAUUUUGUUAUGAUGAAAAUAAAAAUAGACACUUUGACAUUUUAUUAAUAAAAGGGUAAUUUGAUUGUAAA